AUGUGCAUUCCAAUCUCGCUUCUACCACGACCCCUCUACCGAAUCUCGUUCACAUGCACGCCAAACAUGCCGGUUGUGAAGCCAAAUUGGGGACCAAUUCCGACUCGUGAUAUCUCAAUAAAAUGUUCACAAAUGUCGGAUGAGGGGUUGUGCAGCGGCGCUUCACAAAUGACAGCCUCAGAGUCCGGUUAUUGCAUGCUUAAGCGCUCCAUUGCAGCACGCCAAUAG